AUGUCAGACCAGAUCACCAUAUUGUACGGCUCGGAAACCGGCAAUGCCGAAGAGUAUGCCCGAUAUCUCCACUAUAGGUUACGCAGAAUGAACCUUAAACCGACCUUAUCUCAACUUGACGAAUACCCUUUGAAACAAUUGAUUACAAAUACUACCCACUUGAUAGUCAUUUGUUCUACUACAGGACAAGGAGAAUUGCCGAGAAAUUCCAAGAAGUUUAUGAAGUUCAUCCUCAAGAAGAAGUUGCCUUAUGAUUUAUUCCAACAUUUGCGGUUGACCACCUUGGGGUUGGGCGAUUCUUCAUAUACCAAGUUCAACUAUGCUAUACGAAAGAUCCACGCGAGAUUGGUGCAACUUGGAUGCCAAGAACUUUCUCCAAGAUGUGAAGCAGACGAAAUGUCUGCAGAAGGAACCGAUGGCUAUUAUCAAGAGUGGGAGAACCAACUAAUAGAGGCGUUACAGAAGGAUUUUCCUAAAGCCACCGGCAUUAACGAGGACCUCUUGUUAAUGCCCCAAUAUAAAGUGUCAACUAAAGCACAAUCUCUUGAACAAGAUUUCGCCCAGUUGAAGGUUUCACCCGACUUACAAGCAGGAACUGUAGUGUCAAAUGACCGCAUUACCACCCCAGAUCACUUUCAAGAUGUACGCGAUUUCAGGAUUAAAUCUACCGAUUUGGAUUAUUUACCCGGUGACACAGUAUCGUUAUAUCCUGCAAACAUGGAUGAGGACGUAGAAGCACUAUUGCAACUGCAACCAACCUGGCUUAAAAUUGCUGACAAACCAUUAACUAUCUCCAGCCCACCGAAAAUUGAAGGUGGAUUCAUUCCCAAUCUCACAUUAAGGAAGCUUAUCAAGUAUCAUCUAGAUAUUAUAUCCAUCCCCAGAAGAAGUUUCUUUUCAUUGUUGUGGCAUUUUGUGGAUCCCUCGACCGAAGAUGGACAACGUGAACAAGAGAAAUUGCAAGAAUUCUCCAAUUUUGAAGACCCGGAAUUGCUUUAUGACUAUGCAAACAGACCAAGACGGCUGAUUCUUGAAACUGUUGUUGAAUUUGAAAAUAAUUUAACCAUUCCUGUGAAUUAUGUGUUGGAUUUGUUUCCAUUGAUUAAACCGAGAAUGUUCCUGAUUGCCUCAAAACCUAGCUCAACCGAGUUGGAACUUGUUGUUGCUAUAGUAGAGUAUAAAACAAUCAUUAGAAGAAUCAGACGUGGGUUAUGUACCAGAUGGAUAAAAAGUUUAAAACCCGGUGAUCUAGUAAGGUUUUCAAUUCAAAAAUCAAGCUUCAAUUAUAGAAAUGAAAAUUCAGCCCCACCAAUAAUAAUGGUUGCACCUGGAACCGGUGUUGCACCUAUGAAAUCACUCAUUGGCCAAGUUCUCUCGGAGCAAACCAACCAAGAACUAUACCUUUUCUUUGGGUGUAGAUUCAAAGACAAGGAUCAUUUAAUAGACACGUUUUGGCCAGAAUCGUAUCCUAAUUUACACAUUUUCAAUUGUUUCUCGAGAGAUAAAGACAGCAAAUACAAGUACGUUCAAGAUGCAUUGUUUGACCAGUAUAAACUCAUGGGUGACUUGAUCUUGAACGAAAAUGCAAAGAUUUUUGUAUGUGGAUCAAGUGGGAAAAUGCCCCGAGAAGUCAAGUUGACAUUUGCAGAAAUUGUGAAAAAGUACAGCAAUAUCUCUGACGAAGAAGCUCAGCGAUAUAUCAUAAGUUUAGAAGAUAAUGGUCGAUACAAAGAGGAUGCGUGGUAG